ACCUUCUCUGACGAGGCGCGUGGUUUGCUUUGUUUCGUCGUUGCAUGUUCGAAUUUUAGUAUCUUCACUUUCUCAGCAGAUUUUCAAAAUAUGUCUGAGAAGAAACGGAAGCAUCGAUUAGCCGGGGAUAAGAUUGACGAUGAUCCAUUGAAACCGUCACCAGAUGAAAUCAGUAUUGCCAAUUAUCUGCACAAAAAGUUACCAUCAAAAGAAGCCCGUCUGUCUGGCAUGAUUGUUCGUGUAUUCGUCGCUAUGGAGGCGAUAGAACUACUCAUGGAAUCACCAUGGGCUAAGCUAAAUAAUGAUGCUAAACCGUAUCUAUUCACAAGUCAAACUGCUGCAGUCAAUUUUAUGACCAAUAUGUUUCAAAAGCAAAUGUUUCAACGUGCUGUUCGUAUCAAGAAAAAGUCAUCGAAGCAUCGUGAAGAGACAAAGUCGUCAAAGUCAAAGGUGGUGAAAAAGCUGGUUGACGGGAAACCUGUUACCGCUGCUGCUGCUCCUGCUAAUGCUGUUGCUGCUACCGCCAGUAAAGCAACUGCUGAAUCCUCACCAAACGGAAAUGCAGUUGUUGGCGAAGAAUCCUGUGAUUCACAACCUGCAAAAUCUAGUCUCUUCUCUUCAAUCACUUCAAGUAUCAAUGAAAUCACCUCCUCAAAGUCAUCAUCAUCCAGUGGUGGUGGUGGUGGGAAGAAACCAAUGCGUUUGGAAGUUGUCGAUGAACAGAUAUUCACACUUGAUGAUCCACACUCCUUUUAUAUUUGGAUAUAUGAACCACCUCCAGGGCUGUUCAAUUGGUUGGCUGGUACAGCCCUGAUUAUCGGUAUUAUCUUGUGUUGCCUAUUCCCUAUCUGGCCGUCAGAAUUACGUCAAGGUGCUUAUUAUUUGACAAUAACUGUCUCAGGAUUUCUAGGCGUUUUAUUCUUUAUCGGUUUUAUUCGAUUUUGUCUCUAUCUCCUAGUCUGGUUGUUCACUUUAGGUCAAUACAAUUUUUGGUUAUUUCCAAAUUAUUGUGAAGAUUGUGGAUUUUUUGAUUCAUUUCGUCCAUUGUAUUCAUUGAAACAUGUGUCAGAGGCUGAAACACCGGUGAAUAAGAAGAGCAAGUCGAAAGUAAAGUCUUCUUCCAAUAACAAUAGCAAUAGCAAUAAUAAUAAUAAUAAUAAUAGUACCUCGUCUGCUACAACUCUUUCUAAUGUCUGUGACAGUAGUAGUAGUAGUGCAAAGAGCACACAAUCAUCUUGUUGUACAGAAGAAACUCUGCUGAAAUCACCUGAAGUCCUCGAAGAAGAAGAACAUGAACAAGAAGAAGAAGAACCAGAGGCAGAAGAAGGUGAGGCAGAGAAACUGAAGGCGAAGAAAGACGCUUGAUGACAGAAGAGAGAGAGAGAGAGAGCGGUAAGAAAAAAAACCACAUUCUGUUUUGUGCAAUCAAUCAUGUCUACUUACUAAUAAACAAUUCUGUUUACCUAUCCUGUUGCUUUCUUCUUUCUUUUGUGGUUUUCUUGUUGGCAUAAUAUUUCAAUUUUGUGUGUGAAAUCUUCUCUCUGAAGAACGAUCGAUGUGAUGUGACCACCGGUUACCUCUUCUUCUUCUUCUUCUCCUACUUUUUAUUCUUUGUCUUCUUCGACUAAAAAUAUUUCUUUUUACAAAUGUAAAUUUCAUAUUUUAAAACAGCGAAAACUUCUUGAUUCGUCCAGGAAUGUAGUGUGUUAAAGUUUCCUCUUUCUUUCUUUCUUUUUGUUUUGUGAUCACGAAAUUAUUCUUCAAUAAAUACCAAUGACCAAGAGAGCGAAUUGUUCGUUUAUUUUGAAGAAAAAAAAACCCAGCCUGAUUGGUUUCAUUAUAGAAGUGUUUUGCAGAGAUGUGCAGCCAGUUUGAGUCGCCACUCUGUCUGUCUCUCUAUCUCUCUAUGUAGCGUACAAAGUGCAAGAGAAGAGAGUAAAGGGAGGUUUAAAAAACAAUAGAGUUUUAUUGGAUAAGAUAAAUCACAAGGAGUAGAUCAAUGCAUCUUCACCAGCCAUUGAGAGGACGAGGAUUUUAAGCCAUAUCAUCGCCAAUUGUCUCCAGGUUUUAUUGGUUCUUUUACCA